UCAUUAACAAUGGAUUCCGAAAUCGCGUUCGACAGGUCUCCGAGUUACCGAGUCUACAAGAGUGGACACAUUGAGCGUCCCACUUCUCUUGUGUUUUCACCACCAUCACUAACCCCACAAAAUGGCAUUGUCUCGAAAGACGUCGUCGUCUACUCGCCGGAUAAAAACCUUUCCGCCCGCGUCUACCUCCCGGAGAAAGUGAUCGAUGAAAAGCUCCCGAUGCUCAUCUACUUUCACAGUGGUGGUUUCAUCAUAGAAACAGCUUUCUCUCCGACUUUCCAGGAUUUCCUCACAUCCGUCGUCGCCGCCGCUAAUUCUUUAGCCAUCUCAGUAGAUUACCGCCGUGCACCAAAGUUUCCGAUUCCGAUCCCGUACGAAGAUUCAUGGGAUUCUCUCAAAUGGGUCUUCACUCAUCAUAUCACCGGAUCCAGUCCGGAAACUUGGAUAAACAAACACGGCGAUUUCAACAAAGUGUUUUUCGCCGAAGAUAGCGCCAGUGGGAACAUAGCUCAUCAUCUCACGACUCGGGAUAAAACAAAGAGACUCUAUUGUGAUAAUUCUUUAAUCUCUAGGAUGAUCUUGAUUCAUCCGUAUUUUUGGGGAGAGACUCCAAUAGAUGAGUUUGAGGUUAGAGAUGUAAUAAGUUGGGGAAGUGCGAGUCCGAAUAGUAAAGACAAAGUUGAUGAUCCGUUGAUCGAUGUGGUCGUAUCAGAAGACUCUGACUUAUCAGGGUUAGGAUGUGGAAAGGUUCUUGUGAUGGUAGCUGGAGAUGAUCUGUUAGUGAGACAAGGUUUGUGUUACGCGACCAAGCUGAAGAAGAGUGGAUGGGAUGGUGAAGUUGAAGUCAUGGAGACUAAAGAUGAGAGCCAUGUUUUUCAUUUGAAGGAUCCUAAGAGCAAUGUUAAUGCUCGUCAAGUUGUGAUGAAACUUGCUGAGUUUAUUAAUUAA